GCUUAAGCAAUCAAAUGCGAAAAGCACGGGCGCAGUUCCCACAGAGGCACCGGGGGACCAACGCGAAAUCAUGUAAGUCGUGUUGAUCCCCGAUAAGGGUCGAUCGAUGUGCCUUGCGAAAGGUUUUCGCGCUCGGGUAUUCGAGUCAGUUAGAGCAAGCCACCAGCCCAGCGACCCUUUCCCUUCACAGACGUCGCUGCCCAGUGCCGAUAGACCAUGGUUGCCCUCAGCCCACCGGGGUAGCCGCAGAAUUAUAGAUAGUGCCGACGUUGGAUCUGUUGCGAGCGCAUUCUGAGAAAAUUUGCAUCCGAUAUCCUUUCUCUCUCCCGGCAUGCUUAUAUCUGUGGAGCUCCCAUAGUUCUUCUCUUGGCUAGUUCGCGUCUUGCCCCUGGAUAGCUCAUGUUGCCUUCAUCAAGAUGCACCUGCACCCAACGAUGUGGCGCUCGUCUUUCUCAUGCGGCUCACUGACACGAUCUCAAAUCAACUUCCUGGUCUCAUAUUUCAUCGUCUUCCUCUUCGCGGUCUUGUAUUGCCGGCGCAACUUCUAUCGAGAUCCUGGAUCUAUCUUUUUCGACCCGGUGGAGGGGUAUCGACCGAUAUACAGCCUAGAGAGGGUCCAACGGGCGAAGGCUUUCAUCAAGCAGAUAUCUACUGAGCAGACAUCCCCGCUCAGAACAAAUACUCAACAUGAGAAGAGCAUGUGCAUUGGCAUCGCGACGGUGAAGCGGCCCGGUGAUCAGCCUAUCGACAUGACAUUGGGUUCUCUUCUAGCGGAUCUGACACUCGCGGAGAGAGAGGAGAUAUACUUGACAUUGCUCUUUGCUCACGAGCCAGUGACAAACCAUCCGUUCUUCAACGUACCAUGGGUUCACGCCGUAACGGAUAAGGUUAUGACAUACGAAGAACUACACCACAAACCACCGUCUCUGGCUGGAGUGAACAAAGAACAUCGAAUCGCGAAAAAGACGCUCCAAGACUACGCUCUUUUGCUGCGUUCUUGCCUCAAUCAGACUGAUGCCCCGUGGAUCACUAUACUAGAGGAUGAUGUUUUAGCGCAGGAAGGAUGGUAUCCAAGGACCAUGCGCAACCUCCACUCGCUGCAGCAUAAGCAGAAGGAAAUGGGAGGCAAGAAGUGGCUCUACCUCCGUUUGUUCUAUACGGAGAAGUUCAUGGGGUGGAACUCAGAGAAUUGGCCUCGAUAUCUAUGUUGGAGUCUUAUCCUGGUGUCUCUGCCAGCUGUAUGUGGUUUUCACAUACGACGCCGCUUCCCUUCCGCUCGCAAUAGCGUGUCUCUCGAGUUCAUCUGCAUCCUCAGCUUCUUGUGUGUACCGAUGGCGAUCGCACUGUUCUUUCUCUCCGGACGUGUCAGUAUGCAACCGCUGCGCCCAGGCCUCUGCCGAAUGAACGAAUUUGGCUGCUGUUCUCAGGCCUUAGUUUUCCCUCGUGAAAAUGUCCCCGCGUUGAUUGACCAUCUGGACGAAAAGCAUACAUCGCCGGGCCCUGUCGACAGUGUGAUCGAGGAGUGGGCUGAUGAGAAAGGCCUGGACCGCUGGGCGUUGGUGCCAAGCGCAAUGCAGCAUAUAGGAAAGAAGACACACAAAAAGAAUGAAGACAGCCAACCUCGGGAUAAAUUUGAGGUUUCAGGCGCAAGGGGUCUGUGGAGUUUCGGAUUCGAAUUGCACGGUAAUCGGCGUGGGCAUUGGUAGGAUAAUGACUUCGACUUAAUAGUAACCGGGUAGAACCGUUAUGACUUGCUAGAACUAUUCGAUAAUGAUACAUAAUGAAAUGAGUAAUAUUUUCUAAUGGAGAAUUCCCC